AUGGAAAAUGCCAUCAAAUCAAAUGCUCUCUAUCUCCCCUCUGUGACCCCCUUCCCCUUUACUACAGGCCAUGAUAUUACCAGUUCUCUGGAUACAGCCAACAUCGACACCAGUAUCCUGGAAGAGUACAUCAGCAAGGAGGACGAUAGCACUGACAUCUGUUUCUCAGAGGUCCACAGCACCCCAGGACCAAAUUACUCAUCUCCUCAAGCCGGAGUGUCGUCCUCUGGGGGGUUGGUGUGCGGCGUGAGCCCUCCAAUUCCUCUCCGCCAGGGAGCCCCUCCCACUGCCCCCACGAACUGUCCCAACGCAUACCCUCCUGGUCCUUCCUUGAGCCUACGACACAGCUACCCCUGCCUGGGUCAGCACCAACAGCACCAGCAGCAGGCUCACGUCAAACCUGAGCACAGAGGGCACUACGCUCCUGGAACUCUUCCCGAGUCCCCGCCAGACUCCAGCUCAGAGCCAUAUUCUCCUCAACAGGUGAAUGACCCGCACAUGAUCAGGACCAUGACACCGGAAAACAUGUGUCACAUGACUCCUACGCCACCACUUCCCCCGCACGGCCACUAUCCUGGCAUGCACCGGGACAUGUACCUAAAGCCAGAGCCAAUAAUAUCACAGUAUCCCAUUGGUCCAGCAACAAGCGCGGGUGGAGACAUGCAGCAGACGCAAAUGCUUCACCAACUACUCCAGCAUCCGCAGGGACAGGACGGAAUUCCUGUUCACCAGGCCAAAAAGAGGAAGCAUUCCGAUUCACCCAAUAGCACUCUUAAUUCCCAAAUCCUCACAGGUAUCAUCAAACAAGAACCAGGUUUGAUGCAGGAUGCAGAAAAUGGAUACAUGGACCCAAACUAUCAGUGCAUUAAGUGGCAACCUCACCAGCAGAACAAGUGGACGCCACUUUAUGAUGCAAACGGAAAAGAGCUUCCGAUGCCAACCUACAGAGUUGAUGCCGACAAAGGCUUCAACUUCUCCUUGUCCGAUGAUGCUUUUGUAUGCCAGAAGAAGAACCACUUCCAGGUGACCGUGUAUGUUGGGAUGCUAGGAGAUCCGAAGUACAUCAAGACAAGUGAAGGUCUUCAACCCAUUGACUGUUUCUAUCUCAAACUCAACGGAGUAAAAGUAGAGGCUAUGAACCAAUCCAUCAGUGUGGAGCAGUCACAGUCGGAUCGAAGCAAGAGGCCUUUCAAGCCAGUUUUGGUCACCUUGCCCCCAGAGCAGGUCACAAAAGUGACAGUGGGCAGGCUCCACUUCAGUGAAACCACAGCAAACAACAUGCGAAAGAAAGGCAAACCAAAUCCCGACCAGAGGUACUUCAUGCUGGUUGUGGCAUUACAUGCUCAGUCCCACAGUCAGACCUACACUGUGGCUGCUCAUGUGUCUGAGAGGAUCAUCGUCAGGGUAACGUCCAGCCAUGCAUCUAACCCAGGCCAGUUUGAAAGCGACUCUGAUGUGCUGUGGCAACGAGGCCAGUUACCCGACUCAGUCUACCAUCACGGGAGAGUCGGCAUCAACACAGACCGGCCUGAUGAAGCCCUUGUUGUCCACGGUAAUGUCAAGGUCAUGGGCUCCCUUGUGCAUCCGUCUGACAUCCGAGCCAAAGAGAAUGUACAAGAGGUGGACACCACUGACAAUUUGAAACGGAUUUCUCAAAUGAGGCUGGUCCAUUAUCAAUACAAGCCCGAGUUUGCAGCCACAGUCGGCAUAGAGAACACUGCGGAGACGGGAGUGAUUGCUCAAGAGGUCCAACAAAUCUUACCUGAAGCAGUCAAAGAGGGGGGAGAUGUUGUGUGCGCCAACGGCGAAACCAUUCCUAACCUGUUAGUUGUCAACAAGGAGCGCAUCUUCAUGGAGAACGUGGGAGCAGUGAAGGAGCUAUGCAAGCUGACAGACAACCUCGAGACCCGAAUAGAUGAACUGGAGCGCUGGAGCCGCAAAUUGGCUAAGCUGCGACGUCUUGACAGCAUGAAGAGUACCGUGAGUGGAGGCACGGUCAGCCAGUCAGGAAGUUAUUUUAGCAGGACAGGAAGUGGUCCCCUCAAAAAGAAGACAGUCAAACCUGGAAGCAAGAGCCCACUUCCAGAUCAAGGGUGUAUCAGUCAGAAGUUCAUGCAGGGGAGCAUCCUGGCGCUUGUCAUUGUCAUGGCCUUCAGUGUCAUAUCCAUGUCCAUCUUGUAUGUACUGACUCUUCAUCAUAGAGGAGACAUCACAAAUAAAGAUGGCUUUGUUUCCUACCCAUGUGCUCUCUACAUCUCUUGGAUGCCCACCUUUACUGCCACUGUCACUUUCUGUCCGCCUUCAUGUUCAUGGUCAAGAGCAGCAUUGGAAUCCUCACGCAAGAGUCCAUUUGUUCCAGUUUCCACGACACCUACACCAGCUUGCUGUUCAACCACAACCUUGAACAACCAAUCAUCGACGAUUUUGACAAUAAAUAACAACCAUUCUGCAACAGCUUCAGACAACUUGGUUCCCACACCAGGCUCCAUUAAUAAGAAGGCCAAGUCCAGAAUAAUGGACAAGGAUGGUCGCAACAGAAACCGUCUCAGUCACACAUCCGCUCCAUUAUACCUUUCCAAGUCCAAAAGGCCUGCAUCAGCAGACUCCGACGGAGCGGGAGUCAUCAACCGGCUGCCCGGAGGACAGCAGCCAGUGCCACGCAGGCAACGGAGUGUAUAUCUGAAGGGAGGAAGAUCAACUCCAUCUCUGACUGGUGUUCAUAUAGUGGAGACGGACCAAGAAAUUUCAACACAGCAUUGUAAAACCCCCAAGAGCUGCAGCUACACAAUAUCCCUCCGUGGAAACAAAAAUUCGUCAUUAUCACAACUCACUUUGCACAUGAUGGCUACUGACAGGGUGUGGGUCCACCAAUGUCGAGCCACUAAAGGACGUUUAUGUCCCAACCACACUGAGAUCGAGCUGUACAGUGGACAAAGAACAUCAACACAAGGCACUCAUCACUUGUGGUCACUGCCUCUGCUGUCUUUCCAGGACAUCAGCUAUCACUUUCGUGUGUCCUCUUCUAAUGGAAUUAGCUGUACCACUAAGGCAGAAAUGUCAUCCUUCUCCGACUACCACUUUGUCAUUGAAAGCAGCUGCAUGUGA